AAAUAAAAUUUUAAGUAGAUUGAAAAAAUUAAUGAAACACUCUUUUUCGUUUGGUAUGAUGACUUACAGAUCAUCACUUCUCUUUGUGCUAAGCCUGAUAAUUGUUUUGAAUGUCGCACGAGUUGGUGCUGAGAGCAAGGUUCAUAUAGUGUAUUUGGGUGAGAAGCAGCAUGAUGAUCCUGAGUUUGUCACAGAAUCUCAUCACCAGAUGUUAUCUUCACUUCUUGGAAGUAAAGAGGAAGCACAUGGUUCAAUGGUGCACAGUUACAAACAUGGCUUUUCAGGCUUUGCUGCCAAGCUUACCGAGUCACAAGCCAAGAAACUCGCUGAUUCACCUGAAGUUGUUCAUGUCCUACCGGAUAGUUUCUACGAACUGGCUACAACUCGGACUUGGGACUACUUAGGUCUUUCUGUUGCCAAUCCGAGCAAUCUCCUAAAUGAUACAAACAUGGGUGACCAAGUUGUCAUUGGCUUUAUUGACUCAGGAGUGUGGCCAGAGUCUGAGUCGUUUAACGACAAUGGGGUUGGACCUAUACCGAGCCACUGGAAAGGAGGAUGUGAACCAGGAGAAAGCUUCAUAUCAACAAACUGCAACAGAAAGCUCAUAGGAGCCAAGUACUUCAUCAACGGCUUUCUUGCCGAAAACGAAGGAUUCAACUCCACAGAAUCGCCUGACUACGUUUCCGCUAGAGACUUUAUUGGCCAUGGCACGCAUGUAGCUUCCAUUGCAGGUGGUUCGUUUGUUCCUAACGUAAGCUACAGGGGACUCGCUGGAGGAAUCUUGAGAGGCGGCGCGCCUCGUGCUCGCAUAGCCAUAUACAAGGCCUGUUGGUAUCUGAAACGGCUAGUAGCAAAGGGCAUCAUAGUUGUUUGUGCCGGUGGGAACUCUGGCCCUGCGGCUCAGACCGUGUUGAACACGGCUCCUUGGGUCUUAACAGUUGCUGCAACCACUUUGGAUCGGUCCUUUGCCACACCUAUUACACUUGGGAACAACAAUGUCAUACUGGGACAAGCACUGUACACAGGUCCAGAGCUUGGCUUCACUAGUUUGGCAGCAGGUGGUCUUGGCGUGAUCAUCGCGAGAAAUCCAGGUUACAAUCUCUCUCCAUGUAGAGAUAAUUUCCCCUGUGUAGCCAUUGAUUACGAGCUCGGGACCGAUGUACUUCUCUACAUACGCUCCACUCGAUCACCUGUUGCGAAGAUACAACCUUCAAGAACGCUCGUAGGACAACCCGUGGGGACAAAGGUAGCAACCUUCUCAUCAAGAGGACCUAACUCGAUUUCCCCAGCAAUUUUAAAGCCUGACAUUGGGGCACCGGGAGUGAGCAUAUUAGCUGCUACAUCUCCAGAUUCCAAUUCCAGUGAUGGUGGAUUCGAUAUUCUUGCGGGAACAUCAAUGGCGGCUCCAGUUGUUUCAGGAGUUGUUGCACUUCUCAAAGCUAUGCAUCCUGAUUGGUCCCCUGCUGCCUUUAGAUCAGCUAUUGUCACUACAGCUUGGAGAACAGAUCCAUUCGGAGAGCAGAUUUUUGCAGAAGGUUCAUCUCGCAAAGUAACUGAUCCGUUUGAUUACGGUGGAGGCCUCGUGAACCCUGAGAAAGCUGCAGAUCCAGGUCUCAUUUACGACAUGGGCUCAGAAGACUACAUUCUCUACUUAUGCUCUACCGGUUACAACGACUCAUCUAUCUCUCAGCUUGUCGGUAAAAGAACAAUCUGUUCAAACCCAAAACCUUCUGUUCUUGAUGUCAAUUUGCCUUCGAUCACCAUUCCAAACCUCAAAGAUGAAGUCACUCUCACCAGAACCGUCACUAACGUUGGACCAGUUGAUUCGGUUUACAAAGUCGUGGUUCAGCCUCCGCUUGGGGUUCGAGUGGUUGUGACGCCGGAGAGGCUAGUGUUCAAUUCCAAAACCAAAAGUCUCUCCUUCAAGGUACAUAUAGUGUAUUUGGGUGAGAAGCAGCAUGAUGAUCCUGAGUUUGUCACAGAAUCUCAUCACAAGAUGUUAUCGUCACUUCUUGGAAGUAAAGAGGAAGCACAUGGUUCAAUGGUGUAUAGUUACAAACAUGGCUUUUCAGGCUUUGCUGCCAAGCUUACCGAGUCACAGGCCAAGAAACUCGCUGAUUCACCUGAAGUUGUUCAUGUCAUACCGGAUGGUUACUAUGAACUUGCGACAACUAGGACUUGGGAUUACUUAGGCCUUUCUGCAGCUAAUCCGAAGAAUCUCCUAAAUGAUACGAACAUGGGUGAUCAAAUUAUCAUUGGCGUUAUUGACACAGGAGUGUGGCCAGAGUCUGAAUCCUUUAAUGACAAUGGGGUUGGACCAGUACCGAGCCAUUGGAAAGGAAAGUGUGAACCAGGACAAGACUUUAAAUCAACAAAUUGCAAUAGAAAGCUCAUAGGAGCCAAGUACUUUAUCAGUGGGUUUCGUGCUGCAUACGAAGGAUUCAACUCCACAGAAUCACCUGACUACGUUUCCGCUAGAGACUUUGACGGCCACGGCACGCAUGUAGCGUCUACUGCAGGUGGUUCAUUUGUUCCUAACGUGACCUACAAGGGACUCGCUGGAGGAACCUUGAGAGGCGGUGCACCUCGUGCUCGCAUAGCAAUGUACAAGGCCUGUUGGUAUAUCGUAGGCAGAGUGACUUGUCCGUUUUCUGACAUCAUGAAAGCAAUUGACGAAGCUAUACAUGAUGGUGUGGAUGUUUUGUCAAUCUCUCUCGGCGGUCGAGUUCCUCUGAAUUCCGAAACCGAUCUGCGUAGCGGGAUUGCUAUCGGAGCAUUCCAUGCAGUUGCAAAGGGUAUUUUGGUCACUUGUUCGGGUGGUAACGAUGGCCCAUCAGCUCAGACCGUGGUAAACACCGCUCCUUGGAUAUUAACUGUUGCUGCAACCACUCUGGAUCGGUCAUAUGCCACACCUAUUACACUUGAAAGCAACAAAGUGAUACUGGGUCAAGCAAUGUACACAGGUCCGAAGCUUGGCUUCACUAGUUUGGUUUACCCAGAGGGUCCAGGGAACAGCAAUGAGACCUUUAGCGGUGUCUGUGAGAGCCUAAAUCUCAACCCAAACCGUACAAUGGUGGGGAAAGUUGUGCUGUGUUUCACAACAACAACACUUUUCAGUGCUGUAUCAAGAGCUGCCUCUUAUGUGAAGUCAGUCGGUGGUCUUGGCGUGAUCAUCGCAAAGAAUCCAGGUUCCAAUCUCAAUCCAUGUAGAGAUGAUUUCCCCUGUGUAGCCAUUGAUUACGAGCUCGGGACUGAUGUACUUCUCUACAUACGCUCCACUCGAUCACCUGUUGUGAAGAUACAACCUUCAAGAACACUCGUUGGACAACCUGUGGGGACAAAGGUAGCAUCUUUCUCAUCAAGAGGACCUAACUCGAUUUCCCCAGCGAUUCUCAAACCUGACAUUGGGGCACCGGGAGUGAGCAUAUUAGCUGCUACAUCUCCAGAUUCCAAUUUCAGUGUUGGUGGGUUUGAUAUUCUCUCGGGAACAUCGAUGGCAGCUCCAGUUAUCUCAGGGGUUGUCGCACUUCUUAAAGCUUUGCAUCCUGAUUGGUCUCCUGCUGCCUUUAGAUCAGCUAUUGUCACUACAGCUUGGAGAACAGAUCCAUUCGGAGAGCAGAUUUUUGCAGAAGGUUCACCUCGCAAAGUAGCUGAUCCGUUUGAUUACGGUGGAGGGCUCGUGAACCCUGAGAAAGCUGCAGAACCCGGUCUCAUUUACGACAUGGGACCACAAGACUACGUUCUCUACUUGUGUUCCGCUGGUUACAACGACUCAUCUAUCUCUCAGCUUGUCGGUAAAAGAACAGUCUGUUCAAACCCAAAACCGUCUGUUCUUGAUGUCAAUUUGCCUUCGAUCACCAUUCCAAACCUUAAAGACGAAGUCAGUCUCACCAGAACUGUCACUAACGUUGGACCGGUUGAUUCGGUUUACAAAGUCGUGGUCGAACCUCCGCUUGGGGUUCGAGUGGCUGUGACGCCGGAGACACUUAUGUUCAACUCCAAAACCAAAAGCCUCUCCUUUACGGUUCGAGUCUCCACCACACACAAAAUCAACACUGGAUUCUACUUUGGAAGCUUAAUUUGGACCGACUCUGUUCAUGACGUGACUAUUCCUGUCUCAGUUAGAACACAGAUUCUGCAAAACUACUAUGAUGAGAAC